AUGAGCUAUUUAAAGCGGGUGAUUAUCAAGGCGCAGAGGAGUUUUAUUCUCAAGCGUGAGCAUUUGACUAUUUCAAUUUUUUUUGCGCUACACCUUUUAACUACUAUAUCAUCCAGGAUCCAGAAAACCCCCGGUGACCCUGUUCUCUUCAACAAUCGCGCUCUUGUCCGAAUCAAACUCGAAUCUUGGGCUGGCGCCGAACAUGAUGCCCGCAUCGCAAUAGGCCUCUACGCGCCUAAAAACCCCGCCGCGCUCAAACCACAAUUUUAUCUCUCACAAGCACUCUUAGGGCUCUCUCGCCCUACGGAAGCCUACGAAGUGGCCUUGGCUGCGUACAAAACGAGUAUAGAGACAAAGAAUCCUAAUUCGGAGCCGCUGUCUAAAACAAUACUCAGAGCUAAGCAGGCUAUUUGGGCGGCAAAAGAAAGCGCGAGGUUAAGAGAGACUAAUGAAACGUUGAGACAAGUGGAAGAACUUCUAGAAUCGGACCUGGAGAGGGAAUUAGAACAGCUCCGGCAGCGGUUUGAGGCGGCCGAGAUUGGAGAGGUUGGAUAUGCUGAGGAUCAGAGGAUAUUGCGGGACGAGGCGCGAAAGAAAGUGGAGGAUGUGCGGGAAGUAUUCGCGGCCGCGAAAGGCGGUGAUAUGAAAGAAAGGGUUGUCCCUGACUAUCUCAUCGACAGUAUCAGCUUUGAGAUCAUGCAUGAUCCUGUGGUCACUCCAUCUGGUCAUUCUUUUGACCGUGUCAGCAUCCUUAAACACCUUCAGCAGAAUCCAUUUGACCCCAUCACGCGUAGCCCGAUGACUGCCAAGGACGUUAGGCCGAAUUAUGCACUGAAAGCAGCCUGCGAAGAGUUCCUGGAGAAGAACGGCUGGGCAGUGGACUGGUGA